CAAUUACCAGAUCGAAGCCUAAUAUUUUUUUCAAAGCUGGUCUUUUCAGCUUCAACUCCCACCAAUUCCCAAAUGGCACCCCAAGCUGAAUCGCAACACCAACAAGAAAUCAUUUUCCGAUCAAAGCUUCCCGAUAUAUACAUCCCUAGCCACCUCCCUUUGCAUAAAUACUGUUUCGAGAAUCUCUCCGACGUUGCCUCCAAGCCCUGUUUGAUCGACGGAACCACCGGGAAAGUUUACACUUACGAAGAUGUGGAGCUCACCGCUCAGCGAGUCGCCUCGGGGCUUAACAAGCUCGGCAUCCAACAACGUGACGUGAUAAUGAUUUUAUUACCCAACACUCCCGAGUUCGUCCUCUCGUUCCUCGGCGCUUCGUUCCGCGGCGCCACUGCGACGGCGGCCAACCCUUUUUUCACCCCGGCGGAGAUCGUGAAGCAAGCGAAAGCCUGUCGGAAACUCAUAAUCACGCUGGCCGGCUACGUCGACAAAGUCAAGGAAUUCGCCUUAGACAACGAUGUGAAGAUCGUGUGCAUCGACUCCGCCCCGGAGGGUUGUUUACAUUUCUCCGAAUUAACACAAGCCGACGAGCGCGAUCUCCCCGUGGUCGAUAUCGAGCCCGACGACGUUGUCGCGCUGCCGUAUUCGUCGGGAACCACGGGGCUACCCAAAGGGGUGAUGUUAACGCACAAAGGGCUAGUCACGAGCGUGGCGCAACAAGUUGAUGGUGAAAAUCCCAACUUGUAUUUCCACAGUGAAGAUGUGAUCUUAUGUACUUUGCCUAUGUUCCAUAUUUAUGCCUUGAACUCGAUCAUGCUCUGUGGGCUACGUGUUGGGGCUGCGAUUCUGAUCAUGCAGAAGUUCGAGAUCGGAUUGUUGUUGCAGCUGAUACAGAAAUAUAAAGUAACCGUUGCUCCCAUCGUGCCGCCGAUCGUUUUGGCAAUCGCUAAGUCAUCGGAGACCGAUAAAUACGACUUGUCGUCGGUGAGGAUGGUGAAGUCCGGGGCAGCUCCGUUGGGUCAAGAGCUUGAAGAUGCUGUAAAAGUCAAGUUCCCUGGUGCCAAAUUUGGGCAGGGUUAUGGAAUGACAGAAGCUGGACCAGUUCUAGCAAUGUGCUUGGGAUUCGCGAAGGAACCCUUCGAAAUAAAAUCCGGGGCCUGUGGUACUGUCGUAAGGAACGCCGAGAUGAAAAUCGUCGACCCCGACACCGGUUCAUCGCUGCCGCGAAACCAGGCCGGAGAGAUUUGCAUCCGAGGAGACCAAAUCAUGAAAGGAUACCUUAAUGACCCUGAGGCCACAGCUAGGACCAUAGACAAAGAUGGCUGGUUACACACCGGUGACAUCGGUUACAUCGACGACGACGAUGAACUCUUCAUCGUGGAUCGAUUGAAGGAAUUGAUCAAAUACAAAGGGUUCCAAGUAGCACCGGCCGAGCUCGAAGCAAUGCUCAUCGCUCACCCCGAUAUCGUUGAUGCCGCCGUCGUCGCCAUGAAGGAUGAAGCAGCAGGGGAAGUUCCAGUGGCAUUCGUGGUGAGAUCGGAGAAAUCACAGAUCAGUGAGGAUGAAAUCAAGCAGUACGUUUCGAAACAGGUGGUGUUCUACAAGAGACUAAAUCGCGUGUUCUUCAUUGAAACCAUCCCAAAGGCGCCAUCGGGGAAGAUCUUGAGAAAGGAAUUGAGAGCUAAACUGGCUACUGGAAACCAUUGAUCUCAUGUUUCUGCAAUUUGAAAAAAUAAUAUACGAUGAGUGCAAGGACUAAAUGGGAACUGUUCAUAUAUGUUCCUUAAAAAAUCUGGAAAUUUAUACAGAGUUUGCAAAGAUUGUAAAUUGUGAGAUAAACAAUUCGAUUUGCUCAAGGGGAUGUAAUGAUUAAUAUAUUUGUUUUUCGUUUUUUAGAAAAUGUAAGUUUUAUCUUUCAGUCCUUGUACUCUUCGGACUUUUAAGAUUUGAUCUCUCUAUUUUUCA